AUGACAACUUUUGUAGCAGUAACAUCUUCAAAUAACCUUAACGAAGCUAUUGCAGUAGUAAAGAAAGUUAAGGCAGAUAAAUAUUAUGGCACUCACCUAUGUGAAAUAUCAAUAACUCUUGACAAAAAAGAUGAAAUAAUCAAGGUAUUAGUGAAGCAAGUACAACAACUCUCAGUAAACUAUGCUACCAUCUAUAACCAAGAAAAGGAUACAUGUGAAAAAGAAAGAAAACUCAGUGAACCUAUCGAAAGAGAAAGACAAAUGGAUAAUAUUAGAAGGGUAAAUUAUUAUGAACAUAAAAAACAAAGUGAAGAGAAAUUAUAUGCAAGACUUAGAAAAAUAGCAGAAAUAACUCAUCAAGUCAAGACUAGCAAGGCUAAACCCAUAAGACAAAGAGCCUAUAGGGUAUCACUAAGUGAGAAUGAGUUCAUAGAAAAAGAGCUAAAAGAAAUGAAAGAAAGAGAGUUAAUUCGAAAGUCUAAUAGCUCUUAG